AGAAGUUACAAACAAAGGAAUUUACCACUCUCCCCCUUCAAUUCCAUCCGCCUCAUCUUUCACUGUAGAUUUCCAUGUGUCCGUCUGCUAAUAAUUCACAAUAUAUCUCCAUUUAUACGUGUAUAUAUCAUUUCCCGAGCUAGAACAUUUACCUUUUCUUUGAAUUCUCUGGAAUUGAAUUUCUCUUCAAACAUUAAUUAAUUCUUUUUGCCCGGGCUAUAAUGAUCAAUUCUCGAGCUAAAAGACCCCUCUCUUUUUUCUUUUUCUUUUUUUUUUGUGAAAAUAGCCAAUGUUUUCUAAAUAAAGGUAAUCUUGAAGGGUAUUGGGCAACUGAGUAGGUGAGAAUUCUUGCGAUUGGGUAAUAAAAUCUCUAUUUUUUGGUCCAGAAAUAGCAUUUAUCUGAGUUUUUAGACAAAAGGGUCUCUAAAUCCAAUAAUCUAUAUUUUUUUGCAUGAAGAUGAUCUUUAUGGGUUUUGUCAACUGGGUCUCUGAGAAUUUUAGCUGAUAAGAAAAAGGAAAAGAAAUAAAUAAAUAAUGUCACCGGUUCCAAUAGAGACUACAAUGGCCGAAACGACGUCAUGUUCUGAAGGUUCAAAUCGUUUUGGAGGUCUGAGAGGGGUGCAGUGGCGCAUGGAUUUAGGGGUUUUACCACCUUCUUCUUCAUCUAUUGAAGAUCUUCGCCGACAGACGGCCAAUUCUCGAAGAAGGUAUGCUGCUUUGAGGCGACAGCUUCUAGUUGAUCCUCAUGUUCCCAAGGAUGGAAGUAAUUCUCCAGAUCUUGUCAUGGACAAUCCACUGUCACAAAAUCCAGAUAGCAUGUGGGGUCGUUUCUUCAAAAAUGCUGAACUGGAGAGAAUGUUGGACCAAGAUUUGACACGUUUAUAUCCUGAACCGGGUAGUUAUUUCCAGAAACCUGGAUGCCAAGGCAUUUUAAGGCGAGUUUUACUACUUUGGUGCCUUAGACAUCCAGAAUAUGGGUACAGAGAAGGGAUGCAUGAACUCUUGGCCCCACUGUUGUAUGUUCUACAUGUUGAUGUUGAGCGUCUUUCAGAAGUGAGAAAACUUUAUGAAGACCACUUCAUUGACAAAUUUGACAGUUUCUCAUUUCAUGAAAAUGACUCGACAUAUAAGUUUGAUUUUAAGAAAUUCUCGGAUUCUGCCAAAGAUGGGAAUGGAUUGGGAAAGGGUUCUGUGAAGUUUAGCAGUCUCGGUGAACUUGAUCCCCAGAUACAAGCAAUUGUUUUACUUAGUGAUGCCUAUGGGGCAGAAGGUGAACUUGGUAUUGUUAUAUCAAAGAAAUUUAUGGAACAUGAUGCGUAUUCUAUGUUCGAUGCUUUGAUGAGUGGGGCAGGUGGGGCCAUUGCCAUGGCAGAAUUUUUCUCUCCAUCUCCGUUCAGGAAUUCACAUGUUGGGUUCCCCCCUGUAAUUGAAGCUUCUGCCGCACUCUAUCAUUUGCUUUCCAUUGUUGAUUCAUCUCUUCAUGGCCACCUUGUUGAACUAGGAGUUGAACCGCAGUAUUUUGCACUUCGCUGGCUACGGGUCCUAUUUGGGCGUGAAUUUUCACUUGAUGACCUUUUAAUUAUUUGGGACAAAAUUUUUUCGUAUGAUAAUACCAAAGUCAACAAACCUGCCGAUAAUGUUUCCGAUUCCACAUUUGCAGCCCUCAGUUCUCAUAGAGGGGCAUUCAUUUCUGCUUUUGCAGUUUCAAUUAUACUUCAUUUGAGAUCUCAAGUGCUUGCAACAGAGAAUGCUACUGCCUGUCUUCAAAGAUUGUUGAAUUUUCCCGAUGAUAUAGAUCUUGUUAAGCUGCUAGUGAAGGCAAAGUCCUUGCAGGCUCUGGCGAUAGAUGCAAACAACUCAACUUCCCCAAUGAUUUAUCCUGGGUUUUAUUACAGAAGUAAGUCAGUUAGUACUAGGGGCCAUAGCCUUUCGUUAGAUUUAACUUCUCCAAGAACUCCCCCAAAUGUGGUCCCCGAUAGCUACUGGGAAGAGAAGUGGAGAGAUUUGCACAAGGAAGGAGAGCACGAGGAAGGUGUUGUCGAAAAACUUCAUAAGAGCAGAAAAGGUUGGUCAGAGAGAGUAAGAUUGCGACUGUCUAGAACAGAAUCAGACCAAUCUUCAUCUAAGGUUGGUAAAAUACAGAAAGACCAAAAGUCAUCUGUUAGAAGAACUUUGUUGAAAGAUCUGGCCAGUCAGCUCAGAUCAGAUGAAGACACAGAAAAGACGGUGUGUGAUGGAGAUAUAGGCCAUCAGGAUCCAGUUGAGGUCAACGGGCAAGAAAUUACUGAUAAGAAUUUCGGUAGCAUGUCCGAGCCAAGAUAUUUGAGUGGAAAUGCAGAGAGUGAAGAGAAUUCUCCAAAUUUCUCAGAUUCUUCUAGUCCUAUUAAUGGGUCUAAUUGUCAUCAGAACGACUCGGGCAAAAGUAGCAUAGCGUCAAAUUUAUCCAUUGAUGAAAAUGAUCCCAGUCCAUGUGGGACUACCCCAGAAUGCUCCACUCUUCCCAUCUCAGAUUCACCUGAUGAACUGUCUUUAAAAUGUGCACAGAAUGACAAUUCUUUAGGUAAAUCAACCAUGGGCAUGAAGGAGCGAAAGUUUCUAUCAGGGAAAUUUCAAUGGUUAUGGAAGUUCGGACGGAAUGCGAGUGAGGGAACAUCUGAAAAGGUAGGUGUUUCUGAAGAUGCAAAAGCUUGCAUCGGAGGAAGUGUUCAGAACAUUGUAGUUGGCUCUUCGACAGCCGAUGGAUGUGAUAGCUCUUCGAGAAUCAGCGAAGAGACAGUUGAGCAAAACUUGAUGGGUAGCUUCAGAAAUCUUGGGCAAUCCAUGCUUCAAAACAUCCAGGUUAUCGAGGCUGUUUUUCAGCUGGAUCGAGGUCACACAGUACCCUUGGAGAACAGCUCGAAAAAUGGUUUUGUUGGGCAAGGACAAUUUACAGCCUUGGCAGCCCUUGAAGAGCUUAGAAAAAUCAGCAAUCUUUUAUCAGAGAUGUGAUGAGGAAGUAUUUGUUUUAGUUAUUUUGUAGUUAUUUCUAUCUCGAGUGGCAGAAUCAAUGGUCUUCCUUCGGCUUUGAUAUCCUUUUUCUUUUCCCUUAUUUGUUCCAAUUCUCCCUCCUCUCUCUCUCUCUCUCUCUCUCUCAUGUAGACAGACUUGUAAAUAUAAUCAUUACCUAUAAUUAUUCUUAUCCAUAAUAAAGUCAUCUCCAUCAUUUGUAA